UUCAAAUACUCUGAUGUUAUGAUUUAAUCAUCAAUGGAUUAGAUAGAAUUGACUACAGAAAAUUUUUCGAACAAUGGUUUUCAAAACAUUAUACCAGUUAGCGACCAAAAGAAUCCCCCUAAUUAAAUUUAGAAAAGGUGGAUUAAUUGCUUCUGGUACUUCUCAAUCUUCAGCAGCAACAGCAACCGCUUCAGGAGGAAUGUCUUCGGGGCAUAAAGUUUCUACCGCACCAGCAAUAGAGGAUUGGCAAUUGCCUGCUAGAUAUAGAAGAAGACCGUUGGAUCCUGUUGAAAUUGAUUAUAUUAAUCGUGGUGGACCACCAUAAUUUUAAAGAUAAAUUCUUUAUUUAAUAAAUCAGUAGACAAAAAUAUUUAAUUUUAAAAAUAAAAUCAUCAAAAAUAUAAAAUUGAAAAAUGUUAAUUUAUUUUCACUAAACAAUAUUCUAAAUUACAUAUAUAUGUGUAUGUAUUUAUUUUUGUUAAAAUUUUAGAUGUAUAAAAUUUAAUUUUACUUAAAGAAUUUCUCAAGACACUUUAUACAUAUUAUGUUUAAGAAGUUCCUUUCGUUCUAUUAUUAGAGAAAAUUUAAUAUUUACGAACGUUUAUAAUUUAAGAAAACGAUAUUAAACUGCAUAAUGUUUUUUCAGUAAUUUACUUUUUAUUUUUAAUCAUAUUUUAAUUGUAUCUUAAUCUACCAAACAAAAAGUUGAUAUAUUUUUAAAAUGGUUGAUAGUUAACAAAUUUGGAUAGAAUACUUUUUUUUAUAAAUUUCAUUGUUUUAAUAUAGCACAUUUGGUGUUCUCAAAAGAUUUGGUUUAAAAAAUAAGUGGUUAUCACUAGUUUCUUUAGUAAAAAUUUUAAGAUUAUUUUGUAAUUAAACAAAAAUUGCAAUGUUUUGAUAAAUUAACUAUUAAAAAAAAUUUAAAAAACGAUUUAAUUUCGCACAGGUUUUUAAAGAAAAUGAUAUAAUGAGUAAUAAAUGGGCUUUUCUAUUGGAAAAGUUGUUAGUAUCUAUGUAUAUCUAUAUGCAUAAAAGCAAGCAUGUAUUUACUUUUUCCAAUAAAUUUAAAAUUCGUGCACUAAAUAAGAAGUAAAGAUCAAAAUGGAAAAUAAGAAAAAAUAUAUUUUGAAAGCCAAUUCACAAUACAGGCUCAAUGUCAUAAGCAAGUACAUGCAUAAAUUUUCAACUUGCUUUAUUAUUCCAUUUAAUAUUUUUAAUAUAAAGUUGAUUGCCAAAAUCUUUCUUUAUUAGAAAAACCCAAAAUAGUUACAAAAUAUCGUUGAAAAAAAAAACUAUUUUAUAGUACCUUUAGCUUUUUCUUCAUUUUAAUUAGGGUUUUUCUUAUGUUAUAAAGGGAUUUGAAAAAAACUCAGUAUUCACUUGAUUCAUACAAGAUAAUAAUUUGGUUUCAUCUCGAAUUCACUUGCAUUAUUACGUUAAUCAAUAAUGUAGAGUGUAGAUGUCAAAUAUUGAGAACUGAAAAUUAUGAUUUAAAACAGGAAAAUAAAAAGUUUCAGUGUCAGUAGAAAAUAAAUUUUAUUUUGUCAGUAGAAACCCGAUAAAUAUAAUGUAUGUAAAUUAAUUUUGAAACAAAAGGUUUAUAAUUCAAACAAUUUGAUUGAAUGAAAUUUUCUUGAAUUUUUAAUGAAUGCGGUAGCUGCAUUGUUAACUUGGAUAGGACUAUUUAUACAUUUGUAUAAGAACACGAAAUUGAAAACAAAAAAAACAAACAAAAGAAAUAAAAGAAACAAAAGUUUCAAUGAAGAAAACCACAUACAAUUUUAAAUCUACCAGUACGGCACACAAAAUUUGGACAUCUUUAAAUUAUAUGUAGGUAAAUUUGAAUGAAAAAUUUAAUUGGUACUCAAUU